CCCACCGCCGCGGCUUCCCUCCGGGACCAAACACGCGGGAAAACACUCUCCACCCCCCGCGCACGUGGCGUGCCACCGUCACCCACGGCCGGCGACAAGGGGCCGGGGAGUACCAGCAGAAGCCGUGAUGCCGGGCCCGCCUCAUUCAUCCCCCCACCUUCCCCCACUACAACCACGCUGCUAUUCCGUGGCUCACCUGCUUCACUUUCCUUCCCCUUCUUCUUGCCGGUCGCCAUGGCCGCGCCUGGCUCUUGUUCUUGACGACGUGCCUUUGGCUUCUGCUUCUUCUUCUGGUCCGGGGUGACUCCUCUGUGUCUUGCUGCGUGCCCUGAGCCCUCGGAUCUCGGCUCCGAUCGUUCCGAUCGGCGAUCGCCACAUGCUUAAAGAUUUGUGCUGGCAAGCUAGAGAGGACUGACCAUGGGCAUCGAGGCAAAGCACGACUCGUUGUGCAUCAAGAAAGUUUUGCGGCGUUCCAUCAGAAUAAGCUAUAGAUGUGCCUCUGAACAUUGGGCUCUCUUCACUCUAAUCCUACUGCUUUACCUGCUGUACAGAUCUUCGCCGGGUUUCUUUGCUUUUGUUAUGUCUGUUUCCCCUGUAAUUAUAUGUGCCACCCUUCUUCUUGGCAUACUGUUAAGUUAUGGGAGCAUGCAUCUUCCUGAUGCCCAUGAAGACCAGAAGACCGUCGCAGAAUUUUCAGCUCCCAAGUUUGGAAGUUUUUCCAGAAACAUUCAUUUUGGACCGCGUCAGAGAUUUUCAGAGCCUGCAUUUAAAGAGAACACGGUCAGCUUCAAAUGUUGGGAAAUUAGAAACCCAAGGUGCAAAGCGAAGGAUGACAAGCUUGUCAAGCUGGAUGAUAUUGUUCCUCUUCUGAAGGGAUCAGUUGAUCAAGGAGACGAGAGAAUUGAUGCACGUGAUAGACCCGCUGAAGUGUCCGCUUCUAUUCCUUCCAUGGUGACACUGCACCGAGAGGUUGGUGUGGAGGAAUUCAUGAACGCCAAUCAUGAAUGGGAGUCGAAAGAUCCAAUUUCGACCUCUGAUGAGAGUACUGAGUAUGUCAGCUUGUUUGAGGAUGUUGAUCAGAAUAGAGUCAAUGGGAAGGGGACAACAUUUGGCUUAUCCUCUUCCAGUGAGAAUGAUAAGGAAAAUGGCAAAACAGUGGUGAAGGAAAAUCAAGAUGAAGUGUUAACAGAUUCACAAAAUGAUAAGGUGGAUUCACAAAAUGAUAAGGGGACAGAGGCUACAGAAGAUAAACCAGCUGAAAAGCCGGCAGGUACUUGUAGAUGGGGCCGUGCUUUUUCUGUGCGUCAGAGGAAGAAGCUUGCUGAUAUAAAGAUGGAGCCUAUCAAUGCUGAUAUGGGCAACCAGUUAGACUCUUCUCUAGGUUCACCAUUUGCAAGAGUCAACAGGCAUGAUGAUUUAUCAGAUUUCGAUUCUGUUAAAGCUGGGAGUUACUCUUCUGUUAUUUCGAUGGCUGGCGUUGCUUCGGUGCUUGAUGAGAUCGAUCCUAUUUUAGGUGAUGAAUUCGCUGGUCCUGUUUCCAUUACCAAUCAUGAUUUGGGCUGUGAUUCAAAAUUGUGCCCUCAGGAUCCUCAAAUCAGCAGUGAUAAUAUUGAUGAGGUUGAUACUGGUAUGGCAAAAAAUGAUUCUAAAGAUGGUGAGGAGAAGAAGGAUGAUGGUGGGAGUAAGCCUGUUUUUGUUUGGACAGUUGAUGACAAUAAGAAUUCUAUGGAUCUUGGGUACUCCGAGGUGGAAAGGAGUCGUAGGUUGGAAUUCUUGAUGGCUAAGAGAAGAUCAAGGAAGAACAUAAUAUUUGAUCUUGACAAGGGCCUGAUAGAUCAUGACAGAAAUGAUGUUCGCCGGAGUGCAGAUGGAUUUUCACGUUUUCCUAUACAAGUUCAACCUAUUUCAGUACCAAGGAGAAACCCUUUUGACCUUGAUGAGGCAGACAUUCCUGGCUCGGCUCCUUCUAUUCUGCAUGGGCGAAAGAAUCUGUUUGAACUACCUUUUGAAGAAUCAAAUGAUAGCGGUGUCCCUGGAUAUCCUGACUUGGACCCUCAAGAAUUUAUUACAGGCCCCUGUCGAGACAUGGUCUUCAGAAGGCAUGAGAGCUUCAAUUUUGGCGGCCAAGCGAGACAGCUGUCUAGAUUUAAGCCAUGUUUUGUGCUUGAGGAUAUGGACAUCGAGGAAGAAAGCACCAGCAACUUCCUAAGGCAGUUCAGUGACAAGAGCAUGUCGAAACUGAGUGUUAUUACUGAAUCUGAUAUCCUUUCUUCGGUCGCUGAUCAAGAGGAACGCGAUGAGCUCGUCAAAAAGGAAUUUCUUUGGGAUUUCCAGAGGCAGUUCAGUGACAAAAGCAUGUCAAAACUGAGUGUUCUUUCUGAAUCUGGUACCCUUUCUUUGGUCGUUGAUCCAGAGGAAGGCAGUGGCCUCAUCAAUAAGGAUUUCCUUUGGUAUUUCCAGAGGCAGUUCAGUGACAAGAGCGUCUCAAGACGGAGCAUUGCUGCUGAAUCUGAUAACAUUUCUUCGGUCGCUGAUCAAGACCUGCUAAGACAGGAAAGUGAUCUUGGAUAUGCUGGAAGCGAAUGCUCAGAUGUAAUCAAUUUUGCGGAUGACGAAACUCUGAAUGAUGUAAGGAGCGGAAUGGAGUCUGAGGCGGUGGAGAAUACUGCAUCGUAGGUUCUGAUGAAGUGAUUUGCGCUCUUCAGAUACAAUCAUAUAUCAAGCACAAAGGUUUUUUCUGUACAUUUUGUGAAUAAUUGAAUAGGACAUCAUACUGUAUUACUAUUCAAGGCAUCAUUCUUUGAACUUGAGCCUUUUGUCUCGACAGGUGCUCCAUAAUCCAUUGUACAGAAUGAUGAAUGCCUGUAUAAAAGAGGUUUCAAAGCUGGUUCCUGUUUGCCUGUACCAAGUUUUCCAACACUGGUCUGAUGCAAUCUGGACCCGCACUUACAGAACAUGGGCCAGCUACUAUCUAGAGUUGGAACCUGUGAAACUCUUGUCCUGUAGGCUAGAUUCUUUUCCUCGCCUGGAAGCAUGCUUGGAUGCGAACAAGCAGGUUUUGUGUCAGUAGUGACAAAACAUUUCCCUCUUUGGGUCACGCAAUUCAAGGAUAAGUAGAAGGGCAGUCCGCCAAAAGAACAACCCAGUCUUUCUAUGAUGCUUGUAUGAUUCUUCUGAUCGAUUUGCUCCAUUUCAUGAUCA